GUAAAUAGAGUGUAGGACUCCUCUGGUAGUCCGUUUCUGUCGCCAUGCUGACUGGUGCUAGCUCCUGCGUCGAUCAACACCCGCUUCGUCCUGCGUUCCCGACGGUUUCUACACGUGCUUUAUCGACAUCGAACAUUCUCGAUCUAGAACGUCGUGCUUUAUCGACGUCGAUGUAGGCACCCGCCGACAUCCAGCUCCUCCUCGCUUCUCGUCAGUGGAUACUCUCGACGAUUAUUUUCGAGAAAGGUCGCACCACAAUCUCGCAUUAGCAGAGUCGUUAUUCGUACGGAUCCGAAAAGAGCCUAACCGCUGCCCGCUGCCCGCUGUCCGCUGCCCGCUUCCCGCUUCCCGUUGCCCGCUGCCCGAUGCCCGCUUCCCGCUGCCCGCUUCCCGCUGCCCGCUUCCCGCUGCCCGCUGCCCGCUGCCCGCUUCCCGCUGCCCGCUGCCUGCUGCCCGCUUCCUGCUGCCCUCUCCCCGCUGCCCGCUGCCCGCUUCCCGCUGCCCGCUGCCCGCUGCCCGCUUUCCGCUUCCCGCUGUCCGCUUCCCGCUGCCCGCUGUCCUCUGCCCGCUUCCCGCUGCCCGCUGCCCGCUUCCCGCUGCCCGCUGCCCGCUGCCUGCUGCCCGCUGCCCGCUGCCCGCUGCCCGCUGCCCGCUCCCCGCUUCCCGCUGCCCGCUUCCCGCUGCCCGCUGCCCGCUGCCCGCUGCCGGCUGCCCGCUUCCCGCUGCCCUCUCCCCACUGCCCGCUUCCCGCUGCCCGCUUCCCGCUGCCCGCUUCCCGCUUCCCGCUUCCCGCUGCCCGCUGCCCGCUUCCCGCUGCCCGCUGCCCGCUGCCCGCUGCCCGCUGCCCGCUGCCCGCUUCCCGCUGCCCGCUGCCCGCUUCCCGCUUCCCGCUGCCCGCAACCCGCUUCCCGCCAGCGCGCUUCGGCUGAGAACGGCAAAGCACCGCCCGAUGGUGAAGUUGUGCUAUUGCGGUGAGAGAUGGUGAGGUGGGGAAGGGCACUUGUUCAAUGCUUGCUCUGUCACCUGCGUCACUUUUGCCCUUGUCUCGCACUUCAGACUUACCGCCAGAGGGCGGCUCUGACCGCCUGAGGGGGGUCGCCAUACCUGCAUUCCUGCAUACCUGCGUACCUACAUACGUCCAUAUCUCCAUACCUACAUACCUCUU